CGGGGUCGCGCGCGCUGAGGAGGCUGAAGGAGGCGCGCGCUCGUGUCACAUUCUUCAGAUGAUCCGCUAAUCAGCACAAACACGCACAGACAAUCGGCGACAGACAGCAGCGGACACAAGAAUGCUGACUGAAGAUGGACGUUCCUGAAUACCUGGAUCUGGAUGAGAUUGACUUCACUGAUGAUUUACCUUACGCGUCCAAGAGCAUUCCUGAGUUGUGCCGGAGACACGAUGGGGCGAACGACGAGAGACAAGCUCCGUCCAUCAACUGGGCUCGUAGUGCGGCGUCACACGGCGGAGCGGGAAUCAAACCCACCGGUAUCGCCGACGUCUACAGCAAGUUCCGACCGGUCAAACGCGUGUCUCCGCUCAAACACCAGCCGGAGGAGUCGGAGCCGGAGACCGAAGGGAAGAGCGGCGAGCAGAGCGCCGAGGCCGGCAAAGAGGACGCCUGCGCCGUCAAGAGCAAAGGCCUGCCGCUGAACGGAGCUCUGUUUGGAGAGCUGGAGCACUACGACCUGGACAUGGACGAGAUCCUGGACGUGCCCUACAUCAAGUCCAGCCAGCAGACGGCCACCCUCCCGCACGACAAGAGAAGCGCUGGCGCUAAAGGAGCGACGCUCACGCACUCCGAGAGCCUUAGUGGCGGGACGCAGUUCUGUGUACUCUCGCCCGUCAACUGGCCCGACAUCAGGAAGUCAAAGUCAGUGGAUCAGGACUAUCUCAGGGCUCAGAGCGCUCACGGAUCAGAGCCGGACACGCUCCUGUCGGGCCUCGACAAAGCUGACGGCGGCCCAAGCACGUUCCCUCUUCAGCCGGCCAAAGGCCCGAGGCAGGACAAGCCCUGGAGAUCGUUUGGAGAAGCUGACGAAGAAGCCAAGAAGACGCAAAACAUCCUGAACAUCGUGAGAGAAGGACAGAUCUCACUGCUGCCUCACUUCGCGGCGGAGAACCUGGAGCGCAUCCGAGACGAGGAUGGGAACAACCUGCUGCACGUGGCUGCGGCUCAGGGUCACGCCGACUGCCUGCAGCACCUCACCUCGCUCAUGGGAGAGGACUGUCUGAACGAACGCAACACGCAGCAGCUCACGCCCGCCGGCCUCGCCGUACGGAACGGACAUUUAGAGUGUGUGCGCUGGAUGGUGAGCGAAACCGAAGCCAUCGCCGAGCUCAGCUGCAGUCGUGAGCAUCCCAGCCUUAUCCACUACGCCGCACGGCACGGACAGGAGCGCGUCCUGCUGUGGCUACUGCAGUUCAUGCAGGAACAGGCCAUUUCUCUGGACGAGGCCGACCAGAAUGGAAACACGGCGGUGCACGUUGCGGCUCAGUUUGGCCAUCUCAGCUGUGUUCAGACUCUGGUGGAGUAUGGCUCGAACGUGACGGUGCAGAACCAGCAGGGCGAGCGUCCGUCCCAGAGUGCCGAGCGGCAGGGUCACAGCACGUGCUCGCGCUAUCUGGUGGUUGUGGAGACGUGCAUGUCACUGGCGUCGCAGGUGGUCAAACUGACCAAACAGCUGCACGAACAAACCACGGCACGAGUCGCUCUACAGAACCAGCUUCAGCUGCUGCUGCAGGCGCACGAGCUCAACGGGAGACCGCCAUCACCCAGCUCUCAUGUUGCUCCGGGUGACUCGUGGCCUGAGAUGACGCUGACAGCUGAAGUGGCUCCUGAUAACGGUCAGUGGGUGCUGAAGCAGAGACACAUGGACUCGGACGCCGUCCUGCGCAAGCUGCUGGGGAAAGAGCCGGCUGCCAAAGACAGACCACCUGACGGAGAGGCGGAGCUGGGGGCGGGGCCCGGAGCUGGGCCAAUGAGACGUCUGGGGCUGGGCGAGCGGCGGGAACUCAAGCUGGCCCGUCUCAAACAGAUCAUGCAGCGUUCACUUAGCGAAUCAGAUGGCGAAGCGGCGUAUCCUGCAGACGAGUCCAAACAGCCCCGACCCGAGCGACCCACGCAACUGCCCAUCGCGGAGCCCGAUGAGCACAAACACAAGCACGGCGCCAAGUUCUCCUUCACGCACAGGACUUCCAAAUCGGUGGACGUUUACAACCCGUCUCCGUCGUCGGACCAAAGUGACCCCGAAAUGAAAACUGAUGUGACUGGAGAGCAAACCGACGGUCAGAAGAUCACCACGAGUCCCAAAAGCGCCCUCAAGUCCCCGUCCUCGCGCAGAAAGACCUCGCAGAACCUCAAACUGAGGGUCACGUUUGACGAGCCGCCGAGAAAAGACGCGCCCGCGCCGGACGUCAAAGCCCCGUCCGGAAAGGACAAACCGGAGUCUAGCAAACGAGCGUUCGGGACGUUCCGCUCCAUAAUGGAAACCCUGAGCGGAAACCAGAACAGCAACAACAACAACGCUCAAAGCAAACACGCCGGGACGUCCGGGAAGAAGAGCGAAUCCAAGAGCAAAAGCAAGACGAGCGCUGUUUAACACAGCAUGAUGUUACACUACAGUGAUUUGCACAAGAAACUGAUGCAGAUGAACACCAGGUGCUUGAUAUGAAUCUUUUCCACACUAUUUGCCAUGUACAUAAGAACACACUUUCUUACCUGCGCAUUUUGAAAUCGUAAUUUUGCAAUACUGUGAUUUUGUAUAGGCGCAAUAAUCAAAAACAAGCAGAGCCGUACAGCGAACGAACAAACGAAUGAACGAACCAAUGAAUCAUGUUCUUUAUGAAAUGAUUUGGUGCACAGAACUCUUGAAGGAAACCAGCGCUGCAUCUUCACUUUCUGAUUGAUUUCAUAACUCUAAUACGUUUAUAUGUAAUCUCUAUUGUUUUGAGUUAAAGUAUGGAUUUAUAAUUUAACUAUUAUGUUUGAAUGCAAGAAACAUUAUAUUAUUGGAAUCAUUGUAACAACAAUUUGGAGAUUAAAAUAAAGACAUUUUCAACUGA